AUGACUGAGUUUUCCAAAGUGAGGGAGCCUUUCCCCAACGUCUACUUUGUUCUGGUGAAAUCCCUGGAGAGACGUGGAUGCCUGCCAGAUGAUGAUGAGAGUCCUCUGACAGGAAGGCCCCAGCGGAUGCUGUGGCGCAGGGCCAUUGAAAAACCUUCGCUGGAAGUCGUGGGAACGACUCAGCCUGGGAACCGCCGCAUCCUGGGAGGGACUGGAGCCCAGACAAGGGCCUCUCGCCUCAGAGGUACGGGGACAGGGGGGAGGGGGGCCUUAGCGAGCACACCAGAAAGGCAUGCAGGAUCAGGCCAAGGGCUCACCUGCUCCAGCCUCCUCUUCUCCCAGGGGCCACCCAGAUGCCACUGGGAAAGCAGCAAACAGGAUCUGAGCCCAAGAAGCAGUGCCCAGUGUCCCGUUCUCCCCUGCUUCAAUGAUCCCUUCUUUCUUGCAGGAUCUCCUGUCUGCACCACUGGGGCUGCUGCCCAAGCCUCCCCCAAAAGAGCAGCGAGGGAACGACUCAGCCUGGGAGCCGCCGCAUCCUGGGAGGGACUGGAGCCCAGACAAGGGCUUCUCCCCUCAGAGGAUCUCCUGUCUGCACCGCUGUGGCUGCUGCCAAAGCCUCCCAUAAAAAGAACAGGAACGUCUGCCAGGAGGAUACCAAGUCCUUCUUCCUCCACAGGGCCACGCUUCAAGAUAAUGGUCUCCAUCACCAGCACCCAAGCUGAUGGACAGAGAGUGAGACUCCAUCUUCCGUUGCGUUCCAGUCUGGCCUUUCUGAAUUGUAAAGUCCUUCCAAGUCGCUGGAGGAAACCAUUCUGCUCAGUGCCUUGCAUGUCUUCUGGGAUGCCACGCAUGCUGUCUGAAUGUGCCAGUUUCUGACUGGAGGAGA